UCUGGCCCUGUCUUCCGCCGCCCGUGUCGUCACACGCCGCUGAUAGAGUCUGGUGCAUGCUCGCAGCGGGUCGCUAUAUAUCCCUAAAAGAGCGGUUAAUGACGAUAGCUCGUGGUAGGUAAACCUUGUAUGGAUCGUACGAGAUGCGCUGCGAAGAUCCAUCAUCAUUUCCUCUCCAGCGCCCUUCGCGGCGCAGACGGGCCUGGGAUUCUGGGUUGGAUUAAUUGCGGAUGCGUAUAUAGAUGGGGCACGAGACGGGUGAUAAGACCUGCUCGAACCGAGGGACGAGCCAGCACAGCACAGCACAACACGCGCACUCUCCUUCUGUCUCUCCAUGCCGCCCUCACAUCUCACCACCCGUGGCCUGGCGCUCAAUCACAUCCCGGCUGUAGUCGUCAUCGUGCUCGCGUCCGUGCUCGCCUCGAUCGUGGCGGUUCUGUUUGUGUACAUCAUCAUCAAGAUCUGCUGUCGGACCCGCCCGUCGGCCGAGAGCAGGGAGCAGGCGCAGCAGAGGGAGCCCGACGGGGAAGCCGUGGUGUCGAUCCUCAACAAGGAGGGUGGCGGGGGGAACCCGUCAUCCUUCGACCUGAAAAGGGAAGACUCGACGUCUACCAACCUGCACACGCGAACCAAUCCUCCUCCUGCACCCGAGCGCCCCGUCUCCCCCUCGCGACGCCGGGGCGGGUACCACGUCCCUUUGCUGAACCCGUCCUUCCUCUUCCCGGCGCGGGCCUCGAACUCCGGCUCGGUCUUCCGGGAAGAGGGCAUCUGGCCUCCGCCGCGCCAGGAAAGCCUAUUCGUCGAUCCGCUCUCGCAUCCGCUCCCCGAGGAGUUCACGCAGCUCGUGUCGACCAUCAUGGGCGCGGUCGACACGGACAACCUGCGGCUCCGCAUGGACUCGACGUUCUCCGGAUCCUCCUCGACGGCCACCGUCACGUCCGGCCCGCACGCGCCGGCCACACCCUCGCCGAGCGUCGCAGCGGUGGCAGCGCCGGCGGGUGUUACGCGCACGCCGUCGCGGCGCAGUAGCUCGCUGUCCCGCGGUGCGCGCACCCACGCGCCGCGGCGGCUGCGCCUGUCCGCGUCGACGCCGAGCCUGCUCGUGUCGGAGGAGACGGACCCGCACUGGCCGCCGACGCCGGGGCCCAGCGUGUCGGAUCCGCCGCCGCCGGCCGUCGUCGUCGGGAUCGUCUCGCCGGCGUGGCCCGUGCGGCCGCCGACGCCGGGGCCGAGCCCGCUGAAAGGCGCGCUGGCGGUGGCGGGGCCCAAGCGGCCGGCGACGAGCGACGGGAGCAAAGCUGUGGCGAACUGGCUGGAACGCACGCCGAAGCGGCCGGGGACGUCGCCCGGGCUGAGUAGCUCAUUCUGAAGUGUUGUUGUCCAGACGAGACGGAAUAGAUUCGACGAUGAUGAUGAUGGUGGGGGGGGAGCGUCUUUGACUCCGGCCUAUGUCCGCAUAAUGCUACAGUGGCGUGGCGUGUGUCUAGGUAUGUCUAACGGGUGAGGGCUAUAUGCUACGACUAGGGAUAUAUGAGACGGUGGAUUUCUCCCCCUUCGCGGCAGCCUCCUCCUCCCUCAUGGCGCGGGCGAUCUUCAGGUCCAGGCACGGCGCGAACUUGGACUUUUCGCGGAUGCGCGCGCCGUACUUGUAGAACAGGAACGGCGACGGCAUCAGCAGCAGGCCGACCCCGCCGAGCAGCGUCGACGCCCAGUGGACACCCAGUCUGUUGAACAUCUGCACGGUGAACAGCGGGAACACGGCCGCGACGAGCGAGCGCAUGAAGGUGUUGGCCGCGAACGCAGACGCCGCAUACAUC